GCUUCCUUGUCCAAUCACUUCUUUUUAACUCAAACUUUCAUCAUUUCACAACACAACUAUCAAUAUUUUGUUUUGUUCUCCUCUUAGGUUCUAGAGGCCUGGACGCCAAUCUCACCCGCGCCGCGAUUAGAGCUGCUGAAUGGCUUCGAAACUACCAGGACAAACACGGUACUUACGGGGAGGGGCACGUGAAUGGCUUUGCAUUCCACUCGCUGAGAUUGGUUGGUCACUCUGUCGAGCACGGAGCGGAAGUUCUUAAUGCCGAGAUCAUCAAACAGGGCGGUCUUGGCUCCAUCCCAGGUGGGCCGUUGGCUGUUUACAUCCUUGGUGCUUUGGCCACUUGUCAAGACCCAUGGAAGUUCUACGGGAUGGAUUUGGUCACCUCGCUAUAUCAAAAACUCGACAAGUUUCCUCAAGUGGGCUUCGAUCAUCCCUUUCAGUACAGCUUGGCUAUUAUUGCUCUGUGUACCGCUGGAAAGGAUGUCGGACAGAAGAAGUACUUGAAUUACAUCAUACACAACAUCCCAAAUCAAACGGCUGCAUCUCACGCUAGCGGCGACACGCUCUCCAUGCAUAUAUUUGCUUUGACAUGCGUCAAACAGUUCGUGAAAAAACCAGGGCAGUUCAGAUUGAAAAUGAGAAGAAUUCAAGGUGGUAUAAACGCCGCGAUUAAAAUACUAUACAAACGUCAACUACUCGAUGGCACUUUUGGCGAAAACGAGGUCACUGCCGCACUUUCUUAUCAGGCUCUUCUGACAGCGGAGAUAAAUCAAAGAAAGUGUGCAGAGACCAUGAAAUUUCUCCUAUCGCGUCAAAAGCCUGACGGUUCAUUUAAAAACCUGGGUGCUACGAUCUACGUGCUACCAAGUUUGGUUGGAGCCCUUCCAUAUGAUGUCAAUAAAAUAACUUGUCCUGUGAACAAAACAGUUGCUGGAGAAGAUCACAAGAUCCGCGUCUGCGUUGAGUUAAAGUUUAAUGCCACAAAAUACACCGAUGGCAAAAGCCCGCCUUCCCCUGCAUGUGUUGAGGUGCGCAACGGAACCAACGCCCACAAGAUCUUGAAACUGGCUGCCACACAAGAUCCCUGCUUCAACUUCACUGCCAAAAUGACGAUGUGGGGACACAGUGUCCAGUCCAUUUGUGGGAUCCACCGGAGACCUGCUGAGAAGGUCUACUGGAUGAUCUAUAUUGACGGCAAAUCAGCGUCUACUGGAAUCGAUUAUCUGAUCCCUGGUGACGGAUCUACACUGGUGUUUGUGUACAAGCAGCUCUUUUGGCGCAAAUGAAAAGAAAAAGCUCACGUUCGAUUUUACUUCCUCAGGAUAAAGCUGUUGUUUGAUUUUUGUGUCACAUUCGGACGCCACAUGUAGAGAAAAUAUAUAUCAAGAAGAUGCCGUGAUUUCACUUUCGUUGUAUUCGCUGUCAAAUACUCAUUAACCCGCAGAGAGUUAACGAGAGAAAGAUCAAUUAAAGCUUCCUUACUUUGAGGAAAAUAGUUUUUUUUUUCUUCAGCGUUAAACGCAAACAAAUUACAUUAGUGUUGCUUUGAUUUAUUCUGAACGUAAAAGACAAAGAAAAGAUCGAUCGAUGCCAAAACCAAAAUUACAUUUACCUUAGUUGGCUUUGCUAUUAAACGUGUACCCUGUUGGUUAAUCAUGCUGUGUACUUAGUUAUGUAGACACCAGAGGUUUGUUAUUAAAGAAAAUGUGUUUUUAACCAUAAGGUUUGCAA